CUUCCUUCUCCCGCGUCUCAGAAAAUGGUAGCAAUAGAAACAGUGGCCAUCUCAAUUUUCUCACAUCACCGUUGUUCUUCCUCUGAAACUCGUUCAUGUCGCAAACCACCCUCCUCCUCCGUGAAAUUCUACAAACCCAAUUCCAUUUCUGCCCUCAUCCACAAUUUCCCUGCCCUUUCUCUCAACUGCGCCGCCAGAAAGCUCGGUUUUUUGCUGUGCUCCACAGCGCAGGAGGUGGCUGCAGAAACAGAACCGGAGAAAACCCAGAUCCCAAAUGUAAAGAGAAAGGUUUUCGUGUUGAAUUUGCCAUGGUCUUUCUCUGUUGCUGAUAUCAAGAGCAUGUUCGGCCAAUGUGGAACUGUAACAGAUGUUGAGAUUAUUAAGCAAAAGAACGGGAAGAGUAGGGGCUUUGCGUUCAUUACAAUGGCUUCUGGGGAAGAAGCUCAGGCUGUUAUUGAUAAGUUUGAUUCUCAGGACGUAUCGGGAAGAAUCAUUAAGGUAGAAUUUGCAAAAAGAUUGAGGAAACCUUCCCCCCAACCACCUUCAGGUGUCCGCCCUGGUGAGGCAAUCCACAAACUGUAUGUUUCCAAUCUAGCUUGGAAAGCAAGGUCGAGUCAUCUCAGAGAAUUUUUCUCAGCCAACUUUAGCCCUGUUUCAGCCAGGGUUGUUUUUGAGGCUUCAGGAAGAGGAAAGGCUGCUGGCUAUGGCUUUGUAUCCUUUGCCACAAAGGAGGAAGCUGAGGCUGCUAUUUCUGCUCUAGAUGGGAAGGAAUUGAUGGGCCGACCAAUCCAUUUAAAAUUCAGUGAAACGAAAGAUGGUGAAUCUGGUGUUAGCAAAGAGGAAAAAGAGGAUAUUUCUGAUAUUCAAUCUGAAGCAUUGUAGACCUCCGGUUUUUAUCCCACCUAUAUGAGGCAGAAGCUUAUUUUGAUGUCACCCAGUCCCUUGGUCUGUACAUUUCUGCUUUGUUUUACAAACCCCCUAGCUGAACGAAUACAUUUUUUUUUUCUUACAAAAUUCAAAUAUAAUUUUUUUAUAGGACUAUUACAAGUCUUCUGUCUAUUGUCUAAACAGAGGGAUUAUUUUGUGGGAAGGUGUUCCACCACAACAUUUUGACUCUAUGCUUUUGAGUUUCUUUCUUGGAAACCUAUUUAGUUAGAAAUAAAUGACAUUUUGGUGCUAACCCCAACAACAAUAUAACUAACUGGUAUCCAGAAUAAUGGUAGAUCCAAUGUACAAAAACUGCAUUUCCUGAUGCUUCCCCUAGAGUUUGGUUUAACCUUCUGUUUCACCUUUGUUGUUUUGCUGUUGGGAAUCAUUUUAUCGCUCAAUCAAAAUUUAAAAAAAAAAAAAAAAAAAUAAAUGCCAUCAUUUAUU